UGAACGCAGCACAAGAAUACCGAUGUCAAUCCAGGGUCAUGAUGGCGUGGUGACUCUGUGCAGGUAUCCCUUUGUGUUUGAUGCCCAAGCAAAGACCACACUGCUUCACACCGAUGCCGUUAUACAGAUGCAGAUGGCAGUAGACCAGGCACAGAUGCAAAACUUCAGCUCCAUGUUCCUGCCAGCAGUGGAAUCUGUCAACCCGUGCCUCAUCCUCAUCGUUCGGAGGGAAAACAUUGUUGGAGACACCAUGGAAGUCCUCAGGAAGUCCAAGAAUGUUGACUACAAGAAGCCACUCAAGGUGAUCUUUGUGGGAGAGGAGGCGGUCGAUGCAGGAGGUGUGAGAAAGGAGUUCUUCCUCCUGAUCAUGAAAGAGCUGCUGGAUCCAAAAUAUGGGAUGUUUCGUUACUACGAGGAGUCCAGGCUCAUCUGGUUUUCAAACAAGACUUUUGAAGACAUCGACUUGUUCAACCUCAUCGGGGUCAUCUGUGGUCUGGCCAUCUACAAUCUGACUAUAGUGGAGCUCAACUUCCCCGUGGCCCUUUACAAGAAGCUCCUGAAGAGGAAGCCGACGCUAGAUGACCUCAAAGAGCUAAUGCCAGAUGUGGGAAGGAGUCUGCAGCACUUACUGGACUACACAGAGGACGACCUGGAGGACAUCUUCUGCUUAAACUUCACA